UACAUGGAAACAGGAAAUCAUUCAGGAGCACCCCAGUUCCUCCUCCGGGGCCUCUCCGACGACCCUGCGCUGCAGCCACUCCUCUUUGGGCUGUUCCUUUCCAUGUACCUGGUCACCGUGACAGGGAACCUGCUCAUCAUCCUGGCUGUCAGCUCCGACCCCCACCUACACACCCCCAUGUACUUUUUUCUUUCCAACUUGUCCUUUGCGGACAUCUGUUUCACAUCCACGACCAUCCCCAAGAUGCUGGCGAACAUCCAGGCACAGAACAAAGGCAUCUCCUACCUGGGAUGUCUCACUCAGGUGUAUUUUUUUAAUGUUUUUGCUGGACUGGAUACUUUGCUCCUGACCGUGAUGGCCUAUGACCGGUUUGUGGCCAUCUGUCACCCCCUGCACUACAUGGUCAUCAUGAAUCCUCGCCUCUGUGUCCUCCUGGCUUUGAUGUGUUGGCUCGUCAUUUUAUGGGUUUCCCUGGUUCAUGUUCUUUUGAUAGCACAGCUGACAUUCUACACAAUUACUGAAAUCCCACAUUUCUUAUGUGAGCUGGAUCAGAUUCUAAAAGUAGCCUGUUCUGACACCUUCAUCAAUAACAUCUACUUGUAUGUGACUUAUGCCCUGUUUGGUUUUUUUCCUGCUACUGGAAUCCUCUAUUCUUACUCUCAAAUUGUCUCCUCCUUAAUGAAAAUGUCCUCCUCUAUCAGCAAACAUAAAGCUUUCUCCACUUGUGGGUCUCACCUCUCUGUGGUCUCCUUGUUCUACGGGACAGGCCUGGGGGUCUACCUCAGUUCUGAUGUGACCCAUUCUUCAGAGGAAAGGUCAGUUGCUUCAGUGAUGUACACGGUGGUCACCCCCAUGCUGAACCCCUUCAUCUACAGCAUGAGGAACAAGGAUGUGAAAGGGGCCCUCGGAAAGCUUCUCAGCAGAGCAGCCUCUUGUCUUAUGAGAUUUACAACCUCAGAUAUGAAGCACUGA